AUGGGCGACAUUCUCAAAUCAGUCCCCCUCCCCACACUCGAUCGGCCCUUCGGCGUCGAACUAUGGCCGAUCUUCGAUAAAGCAUACACGGCCGUCAUGGGCUAUUCCGCAACAGAUUUCAACUUUGAGCCGGGCAAGACGCCUAUGUCAACUUUCAAAGAGACGGUCAUCGCGCUGGUCUCGUACUAUGUCAUUAUCUUUGGUGGACGAGAACUGAUGAAGCACCGCAAGCCUUUUACUCUGAAUGGACCCUUCAUGGUGCACAACCUAUACCUCACCAUCAUCAGUGGUGGCUUGUUGGUGCUCUUCAUUGAGCAACUGCUCCCCACUCUCUCCCGGCGCGGUGUCUUCCAUACCAUCUGCAGCUACGACGGAGGCUGGACUAAAGAGCUCGUUACACUUUACUAUUUGAACUACCUCACCAAGUACCUCGAACUCAUCGACACCGUCUUCCUUGUCCUCAAGAAGAAGCCACUUACUUUCCUUCACACUUACCACCAUGGUGCCACCGCACUUCUGUGUUACACCCAGCUUGUUGGGCAUACCGCGGUCUCCUGGGUUCCUAUCACUUUGAACCUGUGUGUCCACGUGGUCAUGUACUGGUACUACUUCCAAUCCGCGCGCGGCGUCAGGAUCUGGUGGAAGAAGUAUAUCACCAUCAUGCAAAUCAUCCAAUUCGUCAUCGACCUCGGCUUCGUCUACUUUGCGUCCUACACCUACUUCACCAGCUCCUACUUCACGUGGCUGCCCAAUGCAGGCACCUGCGCGGGCGAGGAGUUCGCUGCUAUCGCCGGUCUCGUCAUUCUCAGCUCCUACCUCCUGCUCUUUAUCUCCUUCUACUUCGCUACCUACCGGAAGCAGACCAUUCAAGGGCGGCCAAGGAGAAAUACCGGCAGAGAAGCCUUGAUCGCUAUGAGCGCCCUUCCGCUCCCUGACCCACACAAAGGCUUAGAUGGUGUUGAACUCGACACAAAGAGCAAUGGCGCUGUUACGACGGGCCGAUCAAACGGUCCUACCACGAGAUCCCGCAAGGCUUAG